AACACCUUCGGAGAGCGCGUCACAUGUCGGAGCGCAGGUCGCCGAGGGAAUUGGUUGGUAUUUUUGAACUCAACUGAAAGCAAAACGCGUUUUCAUAAAUUUUAAAUAUAGGAGGCGUUGUGUUGCAGGAGAGAGCGGUUUGCAGCGAGCGGGAGCCUUUUGCGCUUCGACUGCCUGCGAGACUGCGAGGUGCCGUCUCCCGCCGUUAAUUACUCGUCCUGGCUAAUUAAGAGACGGAAAUAACAACACGAGGAGAGGACACUCGUGCCACGGGGCAGCGUAGGGCUCGUCGGGACUCCGUUCGCUUUCUCGCUGUUGUUUAUUUGAGGGUAAAUGACAGUGGGAAACCGGCGCCUCGUCCGGACUAAGCUGAUUUAUUGAUGAGAAGGAGGACAGUUGCCGCUUUUAUCCCAACCCAGGGCUGGGAGCACUGCGAGCGGGCGGCACACACGCGCACCUGCGGACCCCGGGACCCGGCGGCGGUCAGCCCGCGGCCGGCGGCGAGCGGAGGGAGCGGACGGGCGCCCAGGUGCAGCCCAACCCGCCAGCGACGCGCGGGGUCCGCGAGUGAGACAGAGGCUCCGGUCCUCCCGCGCCGGAGCGCACAAGCGCGGGGCGGCGCGCUGUGAGCAGGAGCCUGAAGUCUCGGCGAGGAGACGGAGUUCACCUGUCGGCGGAGCACACGGCCGCCGCGUCCGCGGUUUUAUCUGCUUCUGCUUAUCAACCGCUUCGGCGAUCUACCCGCCCGAAGGACCGACGGGCGGGAGACGGACGGCGGCACCCCGUCGCUCGUAGGCGAGGGGUUUCGGACUCCUUCAGCGUUUCGUUUCGGGCCUCGUGUUGCAACUUCUUGCGCGGCGCGACCCGGCUCGCCGGCUGGACUCACGGGGGGCUCCGCUGGCGAACAUUUCUGGGGUGGUGUGCGAGACUGUCGUUCAGGCACAAACAGAGAGCCUCCUCUGUUCUGGGAGGCGGGACGGGAAGCCGGAGGAGGGGAUGAGGGUCUUAUCUGUGGCGAAGUCAGAAGCCCGUUUGUCAGCCAGUGUCGGUCUUGUUGCUGUUGCCGUUUUCUGAAGGCAGAAUCUCUCCCGCGAGCGAGGAGGCGCACCAGCCGUGAGCAUGCCGAAGAAAGCCCCCCUCGUCUGCCCUCCUGCGCUGUCGGGUUGCUGGGACACGACCCUCUUCGGUUUCGGCCCGGGACCUCAGGGGAUUGUACUGUGACUGGGAGAGGCGGCUGAGAAACAUUCCGAAAACAGAGAAGAAGCGACUCCAGGGAAAACUCGCCCCAGACCCGCCCCUCCAAAAAACAACAAACAACAACAACAACAAAACACCCCCAAAACAAACCACGGGCCCGGCCAGUCUGGAAUAUUGGGUCGGACGAGCGUGUCUCCGCGCGAAACCAAGCAAAUCUCCAACAUGUUCAAACGGGGCUGUGGGCUGGAGUUCCUGCUGGUCCUGUGCGGUCUGGAGCUGUCCUGGUCGUGCCCGCGCCACUGCGUCUGCUACACCUCCCCCACCACCGUCAGCUGCCAGGCCCACAACUUCCUGGCGGUGCCCGAGGGCAUCCCGCCGCACAGCGAGCGCAUCUUCCUGCAGAACAACCGCAUCCACCGGCUGCUGCGCGGCCACUUCAGCCCGCACACUGUCACGCUCUGGAUGUACUCCAACAACAUCACCUACAUUGAGCCCAGCACCUUCCACGGCUUCACCCAGCUGGAGGAGCUCGACCUGGGCGACAACCGCUUCCUGCGCGCGCUGGCGGCGGACACCUUCCACGGGCUGUCCCGCCUGCACGCCCUGCACCUGUACCGCUGCGGCCUGAGCAGCCUGCCCAGCGGCAUCUUCCAGGGGCUCAGCAACCUGCAGUACCUCUACUUACAGGACAACCGCAUCGAGAUCCUGCAGGAUGACCUGUUUGUGGACCUGGUGAACCUCAGCCACCUGUUCCUGCACGGGAACCAGCUGCGCAGCCUGCACCAGAACACCUUCCGGGGCCUGGGCACCCUGGACCGCCUGCUGCUGCACCAGAACCGGCUGCACUGGGUGCACCACUGGGCCUUCCACGACCUGAAGCGGCUCACCACCCUCUACCUGUUCAACAACUCCCUGGCCGAGCUGUCGGGCGAGUGCCUGGCGCUGCUGCCCUCGCUGGAGUACCUGCGGCUCAACGACAACCCCUGGGAGUGCGGCUGCCCGGCACGCUCGCUCUGGGACUGGCUGCAGCGUUUCCGGGGCUCCGUCUCCUCCGUCGUGUGCCGGGCACCCCCGGAGCUGAGCGGCAGGGACCUCAAGCAGCUGCACAAGGAGGACUUCCCCCACUGCUCCGGCUCGGAGUCGCUGCACCAGAUCAAGACCAGCACCUGGACCACAGCCGACAAGGUGUCUCUCAAGAAGGAGGGCCGCGCCCGGAACUGCACCCGCCACCGCCCCCGGGGCCCCAAGAAGGGCCUUAACGAGGUGCACGUCCUGGAGGAGAUGGCCGACAAGGAAUACUCGGCCCCCGAGUUCCCGGGAGACGGCAAAUACGACCACACGGGUGGAGCCCCCCGCAGGAAGUCCAAGUGCACCCCCAGGACCCCUGUGCGCCCCCCCAGCGGGGUCAAGCAAGCCACCAACCGGGCACACUCCCUGCUGGGAGGCCACCUGAGCCGAGCCCUGUCCCUGCUAGCGCCACUGACUGCAAUUAUACUGCGGUGAACCAGCAGGGGGCGCUCUGCCAAAUCGCUGUCCUUCAGACUGACACCAGCCCCUGCACUGGCAAAUGUGUGUGUGUUUGUGUGAGUGUGUGUGCGCGAGUGUGCGUGCAUGUGUGCGUGUGCGCGGGGGGCUUACUGUCUCCAAGCAUUCAAUUAAAAGACUAAUCAAACGUAAGGAACAGAGGUGGACAAGGGAAAGACACAGACCCAGAAGGCUCUCGCACUGCCACUCGAUUUUUGUUCGAAUUUUUGUUCUGGCUUUGGAAUUCCGUCGAUUUUCUCUCAGCACCGAGGACCAAACUUCAGCAGCUGUGAGAGCUGGGGAAAACAAGGCGCCGGCCUGCGGCGGGGGGGGGGGCAGACCAGAGACGGUGAACUCAGAAAAGUCCCCUUUUUCCUCUCUCUCCUUUUCGUUUUUUUCUACCCAGCAAAGAGGAGGGGGGUACCUGCUCCCGUCUCUCCUUGAGUGUGGAACUGAAUUACUCGCUCCGAUACGUCCGCAGGCGGUCGGACUACGAUGUACCGCCAGCCCCGGACCCGUGCAGCCAUGUCCUGGACCAGCACAGACUUUUGACGGGGCCAGUCGGUACCUCACCACACGGCAGGCGGCACAACCAGGGAAGGCACAAAGGAAACCCCGCCUGCCUGUCCCUCUGAUGGCUUGGCUGUUAUCGCCGGAGCUCGUCACAGGACGGUGCUCUGAGUGUUUCAUGUCGGUUUUGUCACGUUCGCGUUAAUGAAAACCUGCUUCGUUUCCACCGAAGCCAAUUCAGCUGCCACACCACAGGGAACGUCUUAAUACCUCCACCGCUCGGCGUCAAACAAACUCUCCACGGAGAAAGCCGUGCACAGCUUCUCACAGAUGAGUUUUUACUACGUUUUGCUGUCGAGUUUUUUUUUUAACCUUUGUUUUCUUAACCCAGAACUGGGACCUGGUGGGGGAUGGGGGGAGGAUGGGGAAUGGUGACCUCUGACCCCCUCUCGCCCCUGCUGCCAGGGGACAUCGCGCGCCCCCUGUCUGUUUCUCACCAACAAAGAGCAAGAACCCCGCUCUCACACUGCUGGAAAACACAACAGAGACACAUAUCAGCAGCCUCCUGCUCAAAACACUGGGGCAGGGGCAAAAAUAAAUAAAUGAAAAGGCUUUGAUCUGUACUACUGACGAGUCGCUACUCCCAGAAUGCAGCUGAACAAGGGAAACGGGCAGAUCUGGACUGCCACCACAGAGCCGCAGGGACAGAGACCCAGGAACAGUCCAGCGCUCUUCGAAAACACGCCGAGGGAGCCCAGGGCAAGACAAUCUACGCUGGAACUCAUCCCCCCUCCCAGGGACAUCUGUCCGAACCGGAGGACGCAGCCGGACGAACUAGUGGGCAAAACACAGGAAACAGAGCAGUUCGGCAUCCUGCAUUUCCUGACUGUGUUUGUACUAAAGUGACUAGAACAUUAUUAACAUCCGUAAUAAUUAUAACAGUACUGACUAUGAUAAUAACUAUACCGAUAACAAGAAUAUUACCGAUAACAGGGUUGUCCUUUCAAAAGGGGGGAGUUUUUAUUUUCCUUGUUUUGUAACUUCUUCACACUGUCCCGCACCGCUCUCUCCUGUCCCCAGCCCCCUGCUCCUUCUCCCCCAUGACCGAUCUGUACCGUAUGUCGUUAACAAAGAAGAACCAACGUACAAAAAAAAAAAAUGUUUAUAAAUGAUAUUAAAAAACCUAUAUCUUCUUAUGCUAAAGGUGGUGGGCUGUGUUCGGUCUUUCCCUCUCCAGGAUCCCUCCUGGCUCUCGGAGGGGGGUUUCAGGGUGGCUGUGAUUGUGCAGCUCAGUGCCUCGGCAGCCUGCCUGG